AUGUCUGAUAAAACAGAAUCGCCAUUACAUACUGUCGGAUUUGAUGCCAGAUUUCCACAACAGAAUCAAACCAAACAUUGCUGGCAGGCGUAUGUGGAUUACCACAAGUGUAUUAACAUCAAAGGUGAAGAUUUUGCUCCAUGCAAAGUGUUUUGGAAGACGUAUUCUGCACUAUGUCCAGUAGACUGGGUUGAAAAAUGGGAUGAACAAAGAGCAAACGGUACCUUUGCUGGUGAUGUCAACCCAUAA